GGGAUUUGUUGGAGAAAGAAAGAUUUGAUUUUGAGAGAGAGAAAAAUAAAAACAAAUAAUAAGUAAUAAAAUAAAGAAGAAGAAAAUAACAAUGAAACUGAUAACGAAAGAGGAAGGGAUGGAGACAGAGACAGAUAGGCGUUUGGUUUGUAUGUUACAGCGUAUAAAUUAAAGCAAGACCACAUACCCAACGUUCAUAAUUUCUGGGUUUAUUUCGAGAUGGCGAGCAACGGCGGCGUUACGUGGCGGAGGACUGAAGAAGUUCAUGUCCUCGCCGUUGAUGAUAGUCUCGUUGAUCGGAAAGUCAUCGAAAGGUUGCUCAGAAUUUCCUCUUGCAAAGUGACUGCAGUGGAUAGUGGACUCAGAGCUUUGCAGUUCCUGGGAUUAGAUGAAGAGAAAAGCAGUAAUGGUCUUAAUGUGAGUCUAAGUUCAUCUUCCUCUUUCUCACGAAUUAGUGUUUCCCUUCCAUCUGAUUCUCAUCUUCGUCUGUUAUUUCAGGAUUUGAAAGUCGAUCUGAUCAUCACCGAUUAUUGUAUGCCGGAGAUGACUGGCUAUGAAUUACUCAAGAAAGUGAAGGAAUCCUCCGCUUUCAGAGAAAUCCCAGUUGUAAUCAUGUCGUCGGAGAACGUUUUAGCUCGAAUCGACAGAUGCUUGGAAGAAGGAGCAGAGGAUUUCAUAGUAAAGCCGGUGAAAUUAUCAGACGUUAAACGCAUAAAAGAUUACAUGACCGGAGAAGGAGAAAAAGAAAGAUCAAGCAAAGGAAUCAACAAGAGAAAGCAAAGAGACAGCUUCGAUGAUCUCUCCUCAUCUCCACCGUCCAUCCUGUCAUCACCAUCACCGAUCUCAUCAUCUUCAUCGUCAUCUCCAUCGCCGCCGUCAGUCCAAUCAGCAUCAGCACCGAGUUCUCCAUCACCGUUAGAUUCUCCCACCAGACGUGUCAAGAUGGCAAGCUCCAAAUAGAAC